UCACUGCUGCACACUGACUGGUGGCGCUGCUAGGCAUUGACUGGCGCAACUGAUGGGCACUGACUGGCACAACCGCUGGGCACUGACUGGUGGCACUGACUGGCAGCACUGCAUUUAUGGGCACUGGUGGGCGGCACUGCUGGGCACAGGUAGGUGGCACUUUUGGGCACAGGUAGGUGGCACUGCUGGGCACAGGUGGGUGCACUGCUUGGUGGCACUGCUGGGCACUGGUGGGCGGCACUUCUGGGCACAGGUGGGUGGAACUGGUGUGUGGCACUGCUGGGCACCGAUCAUCAGGGCACUGAUCAUCAGUGCCCUGAUGAUCGGUGCCGAUCCCCACUCUGACAAUUGCCGAGUCUCGGCAGUACUUUCCUCACGCUCUGACAGUGUGAGGAAAGUGCAGCAGAGAACUGGCAAUUAC